CCAAUUAUGUCAUCCCCCCACUUUUUUUUAUCUCUUAACUCUUAAUUUUGAUAUUAAUUUAUUCUUCAUGUAUAAGGUACUUUAACCUAGCUACUUCCCCCUUCAAUAACCUUGCCUUUUAAGCACUGAUCUUUCCUUGGUUUAGUUGUAUAUUUCUUUGCUUGAUCUCUUAUAUAUAUUGGUAGACAUCUAUGCUUCGCGUCCUUCGAACGAGCUUUCUCCUCCGAACCCAUCUUGCAAAUUUGAUCCAAAUGUGCAACCAGUUCUGGCAUGCUUGAAUGUCCACAGAGCGGGAGAGAUUUUACGACAUAGGAAAAAAGAUCAAAAGAGAGACAGAUGCAUCUUCUCAAAUGGGAAGGAGAGAUUUAUUUGGUCCUUCUGGGACCUUGAACACUCUCACACCAUGUGCUGCAUGUAAGCUCUUGAGAAGAAGAUGUGCUGAAGAAUGCCCUUUCUCCCCAUAUUUCUCUCCACAUGAACCCCAGAAAUUUGCGGCUGUUCACAGAGUCUUUGGUGCAAGUAACGUCUCCAAGAUGCUAAUGGAGGUGCCAGAGAGUCAAAGAGCUGAUGCAGCAAAUAGUCUGGUUUAUGAAGCAAACUUGAGGCUGAGAGACCCGGUAUAUGGGUGCAUGGGUGCAAUUACAGCUUUGCAACAACAGAUUCAAACUUUGCAAGCUGAACUUAAUGCAGUAAGGGCCGAGAUGUUGCAACACAAAUUUAGCAACUUCAUUCCUUCAAGUCCUGCUGCGUUGGUUUCUUCUGGGGCGGCGCCUGUUUCAAUUUCUCAUGCCCCACCUCACACAACUCUUUCUAGACCACCACCACCACCACCACCACCUCCUCCUGAUCCACCUGUAUUGCCACCUCUGCCUUCAGCUGUCACUUCUUUCUCUUCUUCAUCCUCUACUUCUCUGUAUACACCACCUUCAAGCGCAACAGGUUACAGCUCCAUUAUUUUGAAUGCUAAUAUCCCAUAUUUUGACUGAAUUCA